AACACAUUCCGUGUUCAAAGCGUUCGGAACGUGGACGAUUUUAGCUCUGCCGGGUAAGAGUUGGAUGUCGUAAACACUAGUAACGUUCCUGCUUCUAAUCAAAAUCUAAUAAGUGCUUGGAAGUGCGAUUGAAAGGGGCUUGGUGUGGUAAAUCAAAUCUGCAACCGCUGUUUUAUUCGAGAUAAGUGUAACGAAUUGCCUUCGUCAAAUCACCAAACCACAUUCAGUUGGGAUUCGUUCGCGCCCAGCUAACUAAAUCAAAAUGAAAUAUUUCGGCGGAGUCGAAGGCGGAGCCACCCACUCCAGACUGGUCAUCUGCGACGAGAGUGGCCAGUCCGUGGGCUCCACCAGCGGCCUGGGCACCAACCACUGGGGCAUCGGCAUCCCGGAGUGCGCCCGUCGCAUCGCCGACAUGGUGGAGCGGGCCAAGGAGGAGGCCGGCAUCCCCAGGGAAACGCCCCUAACGAGCCUGGGAUUAAGUCUUAGCGGCUGCGAACAGGAAGCCACCAAUCGCGAGUUGGAGCAGGAGCUGCGCACCACGUUCCCGGACCUAUCCCAGAGCUACGCCGUUUCCAGCGACACGAUGGGCAGCAUGUACACCGCCUCCUCGAUUGGGGGAAUGGUCCUAAUAUCGGGAACCGGUUCCAACUGCCUGCUGCGCAAUCCUGACGGAUCCACGUCCAAUUGCGGCGGCUGGGGCAACUUCCUCGGCGACGAGGGUAGCGCCUGGUACAUCUCAUACCGAGCAGUCAAGGUGGUGUUCGAUCAUAUGGACAACUUCGAAAAGUCUUCGGCUCCCGUGGAGAAGACCUGGGCCCUGAUCAAGGAUCACUUUAGCCUCGAGACGCGGCUGGAUAUGCUGCCUCACUGCUACGCCAAGUUCGACAAACCCUUCUUCGCCAAUCUGUGCAAGAAACUGGCACAGAAUGCGGAGAAUGGCGACGAAUUGGCACGCGGUCUGUUCCGGGAGGCCGGCGUGCACCUGGCCCGAAUGAUCCUCGCCCUGCUGCCCAAUGUGCACAAGGACCUGGUCAAGUCCGGCGACCUGAGCGUGGUGUGCGUGGGUUCUGUGUGGUCCAGCUGGGACCUGCUGCAGGAGGCCUUCAUUGCGGAGCUGUCUAAGACGGAAAUCCACUUCAACCUCAAACUGGUGCGAAUCACCAAGAGCAGUGCCUACGGAGCCUGCUAUCUGGGAGCGGAUAGCGCAGAGUUCGAUCUGCCGAGGAACUAUGCGGACAACGUUACAGUUCUGUACACGUACACUGAUCCUCGAAAGAAAGCCAAGGCGACUAACGGCGUGAACAGGGAGCCUUCAAGCUGCUAGUUAAUUUGUAUUAGACAUCCAUUCCGAAAUACACAUCCAAAUUGCCAACUAUUCAUAUAUAAGAGUAUGAUAAAUCACUUUCCAGAUAGUGGAACGAUUUGUAGUAUUAUAUGGAGUUAACUAUGCAAGUAUUAAUGUUAAACCCUGAAAAAUUAAAAUAAUUAAUGCCUCUUUAAUUUUUUUAAA